GGACUGAAAUUCUUCACUACGGAGUCCGGUCGGGCACGCGCAGGCAGCAGGAACUCGCUGGUCGUCCAGUUGGCAAACUGACGAAGUUGUCUUCCGAAACUUGAAGGCUCAAAACAAAACCACUAUGACUUCGACGAACAUGUUUCAAGGGUUGGAUAGUGGCUCAAAACCAAGUUCAAGGGUUUUGCAGCCUCCUGGAGGUGGCUCCAGUAACUUGUUUGGUGGCUAUGAAGACGAUGCUGCAGCAUCAAGAAGACCAAAUAAGAUGGCCUCUAAAGUUUUUGCACCACCAGAGGAGGCCCAGAAUGUCCCCAGACGCACCAAUCCUCCAGGUGGGAAGAGUAGCGGAAUAUUUGGGGAACCUGAAGCUCCUGCUCAACCACAAAGACCCAUACCACCAGGUGGACCAACCAGCAACAUAUUUGGGGCUCCGGAAAGUGCACCUGUGCAAAGCCCAAGCAGAAGCCACCCAAAUAAGCCAAAGGACAAUCUAAGUGUGGGGCCUGGAUCUGAAGCACCAGCGCCCGAAGCCAAGGUCAGCCAACCUGAGGUGAAGGAAGAAACUGCUCCCCCAGCUCCUGUGCCAGCCAAGGAAGAGCCUGCUGCUGCUGCUCCUCCUGCUCCUCCUGCUGUGUCUGCUCCUCCAGAGCCUGAACCCGCCUCUUCCUCCUCCUCACCUCCCGAUGACACUUCACUGAAGAACCACGAGCCUCACCUGGGACCCAGGCCUCGCUCCCACAACAGGGUCCUCAACCCACCUGGAGGCAAAUCUAGUGUGGUAUUCUACUGAUCAGCUAAACACAUCACUCCUUCCUGUUUGUGUCCAUACACUCUUUUGUCUGCGCCCCUGUUAAAUCUUCUCUCAUUCCAACACGCCUUUCCCCACGGUUAUUUCACAUGUACAACUAAACACAGACCAGGAAUUUUGUUCUCCACACCAGAUUCCUGGUCAGAUAUGUUGUCCUCAACUUCUUGCACUUUCAGUCCAGUUUCUGGCUCCUUGCUCUUCGUCCAAGCCUUCAUAUUCUUCUUAACUUAAACCUGCAGUUAUACAAUCACCCACCAGCCAAUCAACAGGCUAGCUAUUACUUAGUCAUUUUACCUGUGACUGUUCAAUCUCAAUAUUGCUGAUACAUUUUCACCAUUUCUGUGUUUGAACAUGUGUAAAUGUAGAGUGGUUUAAGGCACAGUUAUUUUUCAUUUUGGAAAAAAAAUUGCAUCUCAAGAACGGUUUAGACAUCGGAAGCAGCUGUAAAUGACUGUGGAUUCAGAUGAUCUGAUGUGGCUAAAAUCCUUGCGCACGUUCAGAGCAGACAUUUGCUCAGAUUUGUUUUAAGCCUUAAUGUUUUCAGACAGGAGGGGGUGACCUGAUCUUUUCACCACUUUUACUAUAUGAAAUGUUUCAGGGAGUUCAGUCUAGUGGUGCCACCUUUUAUGUGCUGCCAGAUCCUUACUGGAUGAAGACAUAAAACCUUAUGUCAGGCGGUUAUUCCAAAUAAUGCAUGUGUUAAACUUAAACCAAUGACUUUAUAAUCAGAAGCCUUAUAUCACCCUAAGCGUUCUUUCUCACCUUGUUCCUAAUUCCAACAUGUCUAGAUCAAUGAUCUGUUGUCAGAGCACAAACUCUCUUGCCAAAAAUUAACUUAGAAACAAAGACGAAUGCAAUUGUUUACUCCCAAAAGCUUCUGCUUCCUUAAUGAAAUUCCAUUUUGAUUUUAUGCGAAUGUAUUGUGCAGGUACUUUCUUGCUUUGUCCUCAUUGCUUGCUUUAUCUCAGAACAUGCCUUUUUGUUUUUCUGCUUGGGGUAGGCCUCUGUUUAUGUUUUAAAUUAAAACGGCUGAAGACAAGUGAACUCUGGACAAGCGCGUGGCCUACCUGAGUCCAGGUGGGCUCAUUGAUAAUCACCUUUUCACUCACUUCAUGACGCACAUUCAUGGUUUUCUGGUGCCAGCCUGUCCUCAGUGUGUUGAUGUGCCUGGCAGGCAAUGGGCACAGCAGAAGAAAGAAAUCCUGUGUAUUGCAAUAAAACUGUUGUUUUGCA